AUGUUCCGAUGCAUGCGCGACUCCAAGCAGACCGAGAAGGCUGAGAAGCUGAAUGAGGCGAUCAACGAGCUGCGGGACGGCCUCAAGGCGUUAACCACCGAGCUCCGCAAUGGAGCGGGGAGCUCUGGGGCCAAGUUGAAGGGGAAGUCUUCCUCGAUGAACGCCAGCUUCGUGUCCACGUCGAUUCCCAUCGGGAAGGACCUCGAAGCGGCAGGACUCACACCAGCUGCCUUCUCGGAAGCUACACCCGGGUCCGUAUUGGCGGAUCCCGCCAACGAGAUCGUGGCACACGUUUGGCCUCAAGUUUCACAUUGGGCCACGGAGUUCCUCUUGAAGGAGGCCGCUGGGUCCAUCGUGGUCCGCUGA